GGAUUGCAAGAGCACCCUGCCGCGGCCCUCGAAUUUUCGAGCGGCGCGGCGCGGUCUGCAGGUGAUGCCUCCCUGUAUCUUUGCUGCCCAGCGCUACCACACCGGACAACACGAGUGUGGGACACGGGCCAAACCUCCAAAUCUUCCCAAGGCAGAGAAGGGUCGAAGCUUCGGCAUUGGCAUGGCCUUGAAAGAACUUGAGUAUCCCAACACCCACGUGGUGUUCACGGCUCGCUGCGACGUGGCACCAGCACAGGGGACGGGACAGCGCGCGAUGAUGGCGCAGGCAUUUAGCGCAGCUGCGGCCGAAGAGAUGAGGGCCUUAGGUGAGUUGUGGCAGCUGCGGAGCAUCGAGGGGCAGAAAUGCCUGGAGGAGGCUGUGGCGAGAGCCAUGAAGCACAUCUGUCGCAGAGCUGAAAGGAGCUGCGUGCUGAAAGCCUUGCGCCAGUCCGUGGCCUCUAAAGACCUCAGUGAAGCUGCGCAGCUCAGCGACGAGGAACUGCAACUGGAGGCGCAGAUCGCAUCCCUUCAACGUCAGGUCGAUGCCUCCAAGGGCCGAUUGAAGAAGUUGGAGCAGAUGGAAGCGAAUGCGGAACACCUGGCAUCACAUGAGCCAAACACUCUGAAGGAGCUGCUUCAUCAGAUUGCAGAGGAGGUGCCCGAGCCUAUCUCCGGAGAGAUGGAAGUUGACUCAGGCUUAGAGCCUUCCCUGGAACGCUUGGGCCUAGUGAGUGCUUGGCUUCAAAGAACGCUCAGCCAGCUGCAGGAGGCCCGCGAAGAGUUGGCGGAGAAGGAAAAGGCGGCCGCGGCCUGUGCGUUUCUUCACCUGAAAGAUGAGGCUCCCAAUGGCCAGAGUGCGCUGGCGCGUUUGCCCUGAAGGAACUGGCACCAUGCUGGUGAUGGUUGCUGGUUGGUGUAGCUGGCUGAUGUAGGUUGUAAAAAUAUUGAUGUACUGCAACUGAAAUUCGGAGGACGGAUACCUCUAAGGAAGAUGAGAUAUGGUUCC